UUUCAAAAAAUAGUCCAAAAUAUUCUACUGGAUUUACAGUAAAAUUUAAUACUGGCGGAAUAGAUUACUCCAAAAGUAAUAUAGCAAGUAAUAUUGUUACUAAUUUCUCUCCAGAAAAUGUAAAUUAUUCUGAAGAUUCGGGCAUUUGUAGCCCUGAGAACGACAAAGAAUCACUGAAUACAUCAGAUCACGGCGGUCUUUCAAAAAUAGGAUCAAAGGAUAAAGCGAUUAAAAACAUAAGCGCGCGACAAGAAUGCAUGAAUAUUAAAACAAAAGCUGAAAAGGAUUGCGGUAGUAAAUUCACACCGAGAAGUGCAAAAUCUGAUUACCAAUCUGAAAUCAAGGAUAAUAUUUUGAAACAUAAAAAGCAAGAGAAUUGCAAGUCCGAUGAUGUGAAAGCAAUCGAAAGGAUAAAAAAAAAGAAAAAUGAGUUGAGUUUCGUUCGUUUUGUCGGAGAAAGUGAUAAGACACUUAAUUUCGAAGCAAGUGGAAAGUCUAAGGUUAAACAAUGUAAGAAGAAAGAGCCGAAAGUAAAAUUUAUUUCGACUUUAGUUAGAAGCGAAGUUGAUUUUGAAAAUGAGAGGGAUGAUGGUAAGGAAUCCGAGACUUGGGUUGCUCAAACAAGUGAGUCGGAGGAUUCGGUUGGAACAUCGGAAAAGGAUGAUGCUUCAAGUUAUGAUGAGAUUGCUGAUAUUUUGGAAGUGCUGGAAGCUGAAAGUAAAAAAUCUCAAAGUAAUAUAGAAUGUAUGAAGAAUAUAUUAACUGAGGAAUUAAGUGCAACCAUCAACACUGUGAACAUAAAACCGUUAGAAAAAGUACAAGCUUCUAAAAUUGAUGAGGUUCCAAAUCAAGUGAAGCAGAGUGGAAAAUCUGCGAAUUUUAAGGAUAUCCUAUGCUUCCUGGAUGAAGUUGAGAAAAGCAGCUCAGAUUCAAUAUGCAACGCCAAGCAUAGAUUAUCUUUGGCAACGGAGAUGAUCGACGGUAUAAGAUUAGACACAAUCCCAAAGGCAGAUGAUUUAUUGCUCCUUAAUUCAGAAGAAUUAUCGAAUCAAAUAAUAGACUUGAAUUUAAGAUUGAAGGAAAAGUCAUCCUCAAUUAAGAUGCUUCAAGAUGAAUUGUCAGCGGUCAGAGAGCAAGCUAUUAAAACUACUAAACAGACUGAUACACUUAUAAAGGAUAAGCUUAAGACUCAAAAGGAUGAAACCGAUGGUAUUAUAAGGAGGCAUCAAAAAUUUAUUGAUCAAUUGAUCGUUGAUAAAAAGUCUUUGAAUGAAAAAUGUGAAAGCUUGGUGCGCGAAAUGAAGGCUUUGGAAGAUAAAUUUGGGGCAAAUAUGAGAGCUGCUGAACAUAGACAUCAAGUUGAGUUGCAGAAGGUGAAGGAAAUGCAAGUGGCUGGGGAGAAGAUCAGAAGAGAAAGAUGGUUGGAUUCAAAAACUCAAAAAAUUAAGGAAAUGACUGUAAAAAGUAUCGAGCCUGAAUUGCAAUCAAUGACUGUACGACAUCAGCAAGAAUUAGCAGAUUUACGAUCAUUGCAUAAACGCGAGAUCGAAGACAUUGAACUGAAGAACGCAAGAAAAAUGCAGCAGCAGUGUGAAGUAUUGAGACAACAACUUACUGAAGAAAGGGAGAAAGCAUUGGCCCACGAACGAGAAGUAAUUCGAUUGAGAUACGAAUCAUUGGUCGAGUCGGAGGAGAAAGGUUAUCAGGAGCAAAGAAAAAGAUUACUCCAUGAGCACUCAAACAGGUUGAAGGAAUGCGAAGCGAGGGAGGCAGCUGCCGUUACCGAAAAGGAAAGGGCCAUUAAACAAACAAAAGAAGAGUACGAAGAUAAAUUACAAGGAGUGAUUAGAAGGCACGAAGGAGAAGUGAAGAUGCUGAAGGAGACGACCGAGAUGGAGAUGGAAACUUGGAGGAGUAACUUAAGGAAACAGCAGGAAUGUCAGAUAGCUAAUAGGGAGCAAAGUAUUCGGGAGAAUUGCAGGAGGGAACGGGAUAAAGAGAUCGAGGCUGUUAUUGAGCGGCUGGAAGCGGAGGCAAGUGACAAUAGAAACCAAUUGGAAAUUGCAACGGAGAAUAGGAUCAGAAGGUUGAAGGAAAAGUUUGAGAAGGAGAUUGGAGAUCUAGAAUCGUCAGAGGCCGAGUCAAAAGCUAAAUACGCGGAAACCAAAGGAAAACUGUUAGAAACAGAGGAUAUCGUUAUCGGCUUGAAAGGCAACGUGAAACACUUGGAAAUUCGACUGGUUGAUAUCCAGGAUUUGUAUGAGAAAUUGUGUAGCGAAAAAAGCACAAUGCGCGAAGGUCUGCGGGAGGAAAUGAGGGGCGAGAUUUCCAGUUUGCAGCAGGAAAUAGAAAGAAUUAAGAAUGACAGAGACGCAGAGCUUCAGCAAGUAUAUGCCAGGGUAAAAGUUGCUGUUGCUAGGAAAGAUGAGAUGUUUUGCGAAUUGAGUCGGGAUCAUGGGGCAUUGAAAGAGAAAUGCAAAUAUUUGGAAAGUCUUCUAGAGCAGCAGAGGAAGGAGUAUUUGAUAAAAUGAAGUACUGAAUCUACGGCAGGAAUAAUUGUGUGUUUUGUUUGUGCAUUUUGUUGG